AUGUCCCGAACCGCAGCGCCGGCGAGUAAUCGCAAUCUGAGUCUGACAGAAGAGCUCGAAAGACUCGAGCAGUCGAUCACUCUGACUUUGCAAGGCAACAAAGCACAUCGCAUCGUCACGUCGAGCAUUCUUCCCGUGGUCGACCAAUAUGCACAGCACUCUCGUGACGUCUGGGAGGGAUCUCGCUUCUGGAAACAGUUCUUCGAGGCUUCGGCCAAUGUCUCCUUGUCGGGUUACCAAGAGGGUGCGCUAGAGGAGGAUGCGAGCCAUGACGACGCGACUGCCCAAGACACGACCUACGAUGAGCCAUCGGCGGGUCACGAUGUUGACAGAACCAUGACUCCUAUCACUCAAGGUUAUGCUCAUGACGAGGACGACGAAACAUCCAUCAUCGAUUCUCCAUCGAACACGACUGGACUUCACACCACUCCUCAGAUCAAGACCAAGGGCAAGCAGAUGAUUUCUCCUUCCCCAAUCAAACCGUCGUCGGAUCAGAUCAGCACUCCGAUGCGCGGUACCUUGAACUUCCAGUCGUCGUCGCCCUUCGAGCCCCCUUCGGCCUACCAACCUUCCACUGCCCAACGCCAACAGAACCCUGAUCCUCUGAUGCACCGUAUCAUGGACCGCAAUUUCCGCGUCCAGGCUACUCCACAUUCUGCUCGCAGGCAACAGCGUCCGGCCUCUGACGCCACCCCGGCCACUGUUCAGCAGAAUCAAACACAGACGCGCACUCGCAACCUGUUUGCCGAUAGCAGUCCUAUGAGCAGUCCGGAAAUGGCCGCGCCUCAACUGCGCUCAGACCUAUUCUCUCCCCAGAAGUCUCCCAGGAAAGCAUUACAGACUCCACAUACCCCUGGCAUUUCGGUUCAAACCCCGGGACGCGAUCUCAUGACGAGCACCGGCCGUGCAUUGUUCACUGACACCAAGGAUAAGACUACCCGCACCCUCUGGGAAUCUGAUAGCGAUGACGACUUUAGUAUCAGUCCGCCCAAGACUAUGCAGUUCCAUGUCCCUCAGUCUCGCCUCAUGCAGACUCCAGCUAGAGAGGCCAGUAGGAUCAUUGUUGACGACUUGCUAGCUACUGCUGGCGCCGACCGCACGGAGUCCAUCGAGGGUGAUAGUGUCCCCGACAUCAGCCCCAGCUUGGUCAGGAGAAAGUGGGACGACGACGAAGAUGAUGACACGUUCUAG